GAAGAAGCAGUCUGACAUUCAGAGUGUCAGUGAUCUGAAGGGCCGUUUGGUAGCGGGAACCUUCCGCGUUCUGUCCGGCUCAGAUUUCAAAGGGCGAAGAUCGAAGGCGCAGAUCGUCAUUGACCAAGGUCCAACGAAAAUGCUCGGUUGCCGAGUGCACAUCAUCGGGUCCAUGAACCGGAAGCGUGCCUGGGAUCACGAUCGCUGCUGGGUGAGGAUCUUGGCUGCCAGAGUGGCAACUGAAGAUCCGCCGAAGAGACGUCAGCAGAACCAGGACACUGAUAUGAACAGACCGUGGGAAGCAGCAACUGCUCAAGUCACAACACUCUUUGGCCAUGUUGUGCUUUCCAAAGAGCAGUUCAGCCCGCGCCAAACAAGGGUGGUCUGUGCACGAUCACGGAUCGUUCGCAGUACCAAGAGUUUGCUCUUCCGGCCGAUUAAUGGCAAGUUUCCUAUGAUACAUGUGCCGUGGAAUCCACAGCGAGAGCUGCCAGAUCUUGACGAUCUCCAUGUCAUCGGAUUGAGAUCUUGGGCUGAAGCUUCCACGGCACCGACUGGAAUGUAUGAGGAGGUGCUCAACAUGAAGGCUCGUGAUACUGACGAGCCGCUGAGGUUGCAUUCAGACACAGCGUUACAAGAUCAUUCCGCCAUUAGCUCGAUCCCAGUCAACCCCUUCAAGGAGAAUCUUCAAGACUUGGCACCAGCAGUUGCAAAUUUGCAUCAGAAUCAACGCAUUGCAUGGUUCGCAGAGCACAGGUUUGACCUGCGGGAGGAGUUUACUGUUUGCAUUGAGCAUCCCGCCUGGAUGUCUGGUCGAGAUCUCGAGCAGCAGGACAGCCACUUUGAGUCCGUGGUUCGUUGUGACAGACGAAUGGCGUACUCAGAUGCAGAGGAGCUGAUAGAGGGAAUGUCGACGCCUUCUGACGAUGCGGGUGUGAUGCUGAAACAGCUUGGUGCCUUGAUGGCGAAGUUUGAAACAACUGCCUUUGAAAAAGGCCAGUCCUUUCCCUUUGAGCAUUGGGAACCAGACAUCGGCCUUGAUGUGCCCGUGCCGGGAUUCCUGAAGUCCCGCAGAAUUGUAGAUGGCCUCUCCUUCUUGGUGAACUUUUAUGCAGCUCAAAUUCUUGAUCGCCAUUCCUUGUGGCGUGAGUUUUUGUCUGUUCCAGCAGAGACCGAUCUACCAGAGUUGAUGCCAGCCUUCGUUUAUGGCGUUGCUGAUACUCAACACCAUAGAGCUUUGGAGCGACUGCUGCAGCACCAUCCAGACGACUGUCGCCUGACUGGUACCACUACGACAGAAGUCGUUGAUGCCAUGAGAGGCAUCCUAGGUCAGCCGCACUUGUCUUCGGAGCAGAGGUUUGCCUUGCAAAAGGCCUUUUUGCGGCAGAUUCGGAUGGGCUUACCACGCGGACAUGCUAGGGCAACGACUGUUGAAAUGGUUCAAAGGCUGGAGACCUGGACUUUGCUCUUGGCUUCGGCCUACUCUGGAACAGAUGCGGGAGACUGUGGACCGGACCAACGCACGAAUGCGGACCCUUGGCGUGACUCCUCAACAAAGCGCUGGAUGGAGGUUAGCUGCACCAUCUCCAGGAAUUUUGCUCAACCGAUCAAGCACCAUGCUUCGGCAAACGCGAUGAUCAUCUCAGAUAUCUCCUUCAGUACACCUUCAGGACCUGUUUCUUUGAACAUUGGGCACCGGAUGUAUCCUGAAGUCUUCUCGGACUUUCCUGACCUCAAGCAGGUCUACCUCAUGGAACAAGACCUCAGGGUCUAUGCAGACACCUGGUAUCGCAUUUGGCGCUGCCGCACCCAUGCAGCGGCAUCGGAAGCUUCUGCCUACACUCAGCCACUGGGAUUGCUUUAG